GCCCCUCGAGCGAGAAGCCCCAUGGCCGCCAGCUGAGCGCGUGGCCGCCGGCUGAGAAAUCUUGGACUUCGGGAAUUGGAAUCUCGGAAUGAGGAGGAAUUCCACGCUCGUUUCGCCGUCGCCGUUGCAGGCGCUGUACCUGCCAGAGGAGGUCAACUUCUGGACGAUGGCGAUCGUGGCGGUGGGCACGGGCUUCAUCCUCAUCGUCGCCGUCUCCAUGUACCUCAUCUGCCAGACGCGGCUGGAGCGGCCCCUCCCGGUGCGGCACCACAGGACGGUGCGGCACAUCAGCCAGGGCCCCGAUGCUGUUCCCCUGGCGCGCCCCUUCGCUGGCGACCUGAAGGAGGGCGGGUUCCAAGCCUCCUCGUUCGACCUGCGCCCCUCCUCGUAGCUCCCGGGCGGCCUCGCGCGGGCGCAUGGGCGGGGGCCGCGGUCGCAGGGGCGGGGGAGAGGAGCCUGGUGUUUUCUCCUUCGGUGUCCGUCGCCUUCUGUCAACAGGAGGUCGCUUUCCAGGGUCUAUGGAUCAAAGUCGUCCUCGUAGCUUCCAUGGUUCGUAUCACUUUCCCUGAAAACACGGGGUCAUUUCCCUCUAAAAGGGAUCGGAGGAAACUCGCGAUGGCACGAAAUGUCAACAACAGGAGCGGCCCUUUGUCAGCGCCAGGAAGUUGCUCGUUGCAUUGUGCGCGCUUUCAAUCCCAUUAGACUGGAGUCAGUGGAAGAGGAAGUCCAAAAUGCGCCAGGGCUGAGCAAAUCCCGUUGUUUAAACUGGGAGUCAUCUCUGUUCACUUUUCCUACAUUGUUCCUGUAAUUUCUUUUGUUCAACAUAAUUUUGUCUAAAGAUAGCGGGAAUUUAUUAACGCAAGAGACUAAGAAGAUUUAAGUGAAUGACAAAGAUCACAGUAUAAAAGAGAGAUGAAUUACAUAUAUGUAUAUAUACAUACA